AUGGCGACCAACGGCGACUACCCGUCUGACGAGGAAACGCCUCCUCAGUCACCCACCGUCGAGGCGGCCCAGCCCGACGACGAUGUCCCAGAGUCGAAGCCAAAAGGCCCAGCGCCAGCACCAAAAUCUGCCCUCAAGAAGAGCAAUGCCGCGGCGGCAGCGGCAGCAGCAAAACCACACCUGCCAGAACAGCCAGAACCAGCAGACCUCGAUGUCGCCUCACUCACACCACUCUCCCCCGAGAUCAUUGCGCGACAAGCAACCAUCAACAUCGGCACCAUCGGUCACGUGGCCCACGGAAAGAGUACGGUAGUCAAGGCGAUAUCAGGCGUGCAGACUGUGCGAUUCAAGAACGAGUUGGAGCGAAACAUCACCAUUAAGCUUGGCUAUGCCAACGCGAAGAUCUACAAGUGCGACAACCCAGAGUGCCCGCGGCCAACCUGCUAUAGGAGUUACAAGAGCGAGAAGGAGGUCGAUCCUCCAUGUGAGCGAGCAGGCUGCGAGGGUACAUACCGGUUACUUCGACAUGUCUCAUUCGUCGACUGCCCUGGUCACGAUAUCCUGAUGAGCACUAUGCUUUCAGGAGCUGCGGUCAUGGACGCCGCACUUCUUCUCAUCGCCGGCAACGAAACCUGCCCUCAGCCCCAGACAUCCGAACAUCUUGCAGCUAUCGAGAUCAUGAAGCUGCAACACAUCAUCAUUCUUCAAAACAAGGUCGAUCUCAUGCGGGAAGAGGCCGCAUCGCAGCACUACGAGUCCAUCAAGAAGUUCAUUCGAGGCACAGUCGCCGACAACUCCCCCAUCAUUCCCAUCUCCGCGCAACUGAAGUUCAACAUCGACGCCAUCAACGAGAUGCUCGUCAACAGAAUUCCAGUGCCCGUACGAAACUUCCAAGACGACCCUCACCUCAUCGUCAUUCGAUCAUUCGACGUCAACAAGCCCGGUUCCGAGAUUGAUGAAUUACAGGGUGGCGUCGCCGGUGGCUCCAUCUUGACUGGCAUCCUUAAGCUUGGCGACGAAAUUGAGAUCAGACCGGGUAUUGUCUCCAGGGACGAGCAGGGCAAGAUCCAGUGCAAGUCAAUCUACUCGCGGGUCAUCUCGCUUUUCGCCGAGAAUAACAGCCUGAAGUUCGCCGUGCCAGGUGGUCUCAUCGGUGUCGGAACUCGAAUCGACCCCACUCUCUGCCGUGCUGAUCGUCUGGUCGGAUUCGUGCUGGGACUCAAGGGCAAACUCCCGAGCGUCUACGUGGAGAUUGAGGCCAACUACUACCUCCUGCGACGACUGUUGGGAGUGAAGACUGCGGACGGCAAGCAAGCCAAGGUUGCGAAGCUGACCAAGAACGAGGUUCUGAUGGUCAACAUUGGAUCGACGGCGACGGGUGCCAAGGUGGUGGCCGUCCGCGCGGACGCUGCGAAGUUGCAGCUGACGAGUCCGGCGUGCACAGCAGUCAACGAGAAGAUCGCGCUGAGCCGGAGAAUCGAGAAGCACUGGCGAUUGAUCGGAUGGGCGACGAUUACGAAUGGUGAAACCAUCGAUCCAGUCACUGCUUAA